UAAAGCGUGUUUAAUAGACAAGGAGUAGGACGUUUUAAAAUAGUUCGUCUUUUAGCUGCAUUUUAUAAUUUGAAAUGGCGCUUCGUUUAACCAGGAAUUCCCAGCUGAAUGCCGAGAACAGGACCGCUCUGACAGGAAAAGGAGCUGUCGUCUCGAAGCCUGGAUUGAGGCCCAGGGCUGUGCUGGGAGACCUAGGAAAUAAAGGGCCUGUGACAAAACUAGCUCCGAAGAAGGAUGUAAAACCUGCCACUACCAAAGCGGUUCAGAAAAAAACCAGCAAGUCUGAAAAUGCCCCCGAACCACGGGUGCCAAAGACAACUGUAGCCAAGCAGACCAGUGAAGUGUGCGCCAAGAUCCAGCCUCAAUCCCCAACUCCAAUGGAUAUAUCUGGCUGUGCGCCUGAGGAGGACUUGUGCCAGGCCUUUUCAGAUGUACUACUAAAUAUCCAGGAUGUUGAUGUGGGUGAUGCUGAUAACCCAAUGCUCUGCAGUGAAUAUGUGAAGGACAUCUACAGUUACCUAAGACAGAUUGAGGUGGAACAAGCAGUUAGGCCAAAGUACCUGCAGGGACAGGAAGUCACUGGAAACAUGCGAACUAUACUGAUUGACUGGCUUGUGCAAGUCCAACUGAAAUUCCAGCUGCUUCAGGAGACCAUGUAUAUGACUGUCGGAAUAAUUGAUCGCUUUCUUCAGGCUAAUCCAGUGCCCAAGAAGAUGUUGCAGCUUGUUGGCGUGACUGCUAUGUUGCUGGCCUCCAAAUAUGAAGAGAUGUAUCCUCCAGAGAUUGCAGACUUUGCGUUCGUUACCGACCACACUUAUACCACGGCCCAGAUCAGAGAGAUGGAAAUGAAGAUCCUGAGGGUGCUCCAUUUCAGCUUUGGCCGUCCCAUUCCCCUGCAGUUUUUGAGAAGAGCUUCUAAGAUCGGAGAAGUAACUGCAGAGCAGCACACCUUGGCUAAAUAUCUAAUGGAGCUGACUAUGGCAGACUAUGACAUGGUGCACUAUCCCCCAUCCCAGAUUGCUGCUGCAGCAUUUGCACUGACAAUGAAAGUUCUAAACUGUGGUGAAUGGACACACACUCUGCAGCAUUAUAUGAACUACACAGAGAGCUGUUUGAUUCCUGUAAUGCAGCACAUGGCUAAAAAUGUUGUGAAGGUCAAUGAAGGACUCACCAAGUACAUGGCUGUGAAGAACAAGUAUGCUAGUCAGAAGCUAAUGAAGAUCAGCAUGAUUCCUCAUCUGAAGUCUGCAGUAAUCAAUGAUCUAGCUAAACCUCUAUUGUCUUAAUGUUUGAGUCAGCUUAAUUUUAUUGGCACUGUGUGCUUUUUAACUGAUUAAUGGUAUUCAAAUAUUGAAGUCCUCAACAUUAAGCAACUUCAUGUACAAUAAGUCUCCAUCUUGUAAUGUACUUAUUCUAAUGUGUGUUAAUGUAAUGCUGCUUUUAAACUAAUUUUUAUUAAAGCUGAAUUAGUAGCUACACUAUUCUCUCAAUGUUAAAUUAUUGCACCUACUAAACCCUUAAGAUGUUUGUUUCAGCCAGUUAUAUACAGUUCAACUUUGAAUGGUUAACUGCCUGGUACUGUUGUGCAGUAUGACUGCUGUUUAACACCUGUUUAGAAGUAAUCUAGAAUUAACUUCAUUGUCUAACUAAAGACCCAUUUCUGUACAGAAUACUGUAGCUUGUACUGUACAAAGUUAAAUGAUUUCAGGUUCUAAUUUAAUUCACUGGAAAAUUUGAAUUAUACUGGUAACAUGAAGCAAGUUAAAUUCCAGUUAAGGAUCUAUAUUGUAUAGCUGAUCACA